AUGGAGCCCUUUGAUGAAAGCUUCCUUCGGGCAACUCCCGCAUGGCAAGUGCUGCGAUCCUUUGGUGCUGCAUUGAGGUGGACCAACGAGGAUCUUUAUGAUCGGAGCUUUCCUGUGAGUGCGAUCCAAGUUUUCUGGAGCCACAGUUGGCAUGGCAACAACUUUAUGAAGAGGCUGCUGCUGCUUCUGCUCUACAACGGGCCAGCUGCAGCAAUUGCGGCCAGCAUCUCCGUCUUGCUGAUGUUCUUUCUGCAGAUUGCUGGAUACCUACCAGGCAUCCUCCGGGUCAGCAGAACACCACUCGAUGAGGGACGGGAGAUGGUGUUCGGCCCCUGGUGCACGUUGACGGCAGGGCUCGUGUUCGUGGUUGUCCUCCUGCUUUGGAAGCCGAGGAGUCUGGUCUUCGUGGACCAAGUAUGCAUCAAUCAGAAGGACGCAGAAUUGAAGAAGAAGGGAAUUCUCAGCAUUGGUGCCUUCCUUAAGUAUUCCGAGCAACUUCUGCUCAUUUGGGACAACACAUAUGCUGGGCGUUUAUGGUGCCUGCUAGAGCUUGCCGCGUUUCUAAAAAGCCAUGAACAGCUGGAUGAGAAAGUUACGAUCAGGCUGACAGCCAUGGCUCCCUGCAUUUUGGGCGCUGCCUUUGCUCUCUGGGCUUCCAUGCUACAUUUCAUUUUGAUCAGUGAGCAAACUCCUCCGGGCAUUCUGGCGCUUGUGCUGACACGCUUGUUCCUUGUGUACAUUCAAGCCUCCUAUCUGCGUCAGCUCUAUCGGAACGCGGAGAUCAUGCUCAAGCAGCUUUCCGACUUCACUGUCGAGGCAGCGGGCUGUCACUGCUGCAAUGAUGCAGAGGCUUGUAAUGCCAAGGUCUGUGAUCGUGAGAUCAUAACUCGAUGCCUUCGUCUCUGGUAUGGAUCGGUCGAAGCCUUUGAGGUGACUGUAAGGACGCGUGUCAGGAGCGUGCUACAUCGCCAGUUGGGUGGAUUGCUGUUUCCUUAUGGUUGGCAAGUCAUUAGUGCGUCGCCUUUGUUCUGGGGUUUUGCAGAUCUCAUCGCGGCCCGCGCGCGUGCCGGAAACUGGAAGGUGGCUGCAAUCAUGUUGGUCGGCACCGUGACUUGGUGCUUCUUUCUGUUUCCCUUCAUCUUUCAGCUGACGGUGCUGCUGGCAAGUUAUUGUCGCCAACAGCAGAGCCAGGUCUGGAAGGAUACGCUGAUUAGCCUUGCGGUGGCAUUUCUGUCGACAAUGCUGUCCUUUGUUGGCCAGUGGUCGGCGAGUCUAAUGGCCGAUGCUGUCGCUGUGUUUCUUUGGAUGGGCGUCAUUGUGAUUCUGGUGAAGUCGGAUUUGCAGGUUCAGAACAUCGGUUUUCGGUUCAGGUUUCCUAUGCUUGCGCAAAUGCCGUUCCAGCUUGAGCCUUUUAACAGCUUUUUGGACUAUGCUGGCGGCGAAGCUGCCGGCAGUGUUGCCGAUACGAUGGCUGCUUUCUCGGAUGAGGUCCAAGAGUUGGACGAGUCGAGAGUCAGCUACCUCGAUGCCGUCGACGUGAGCACUUUUGAAACUCCUUUGCCAAUGGCGCCCCUUUCCGACGGGCCUCGGUCCGGCGCUCGGCUGCUGCUGAGCGCGCUUUGCCUGCGCUUCGGGCGUCUGGCAUGGCUGCCCACCUGCGAUGCGGAGGGAAUACACCCGUGCUCUGAAUGCUUCUUCUGGGCUGCCCGCGCCGGAGUGCAUGUGGAGCCCCCUUGCAGGGCUUUGGACGCCAGCCAGCGCCGCAAUGCGCCGCCACAGGCCUCGCCAGCUCUUUCGUCGCCGCGAGCCUCGCUGGCGACGGUUGGGCGUACCCAACGUGCGGUGGUCUGGCAGGCCGUAUGCAGGUGUGCGGGUGCCCUGAGCCUGGCACGCCGCUGGGCGGCGAGCGUCCUGCUCGGCGGCGGGCGCGGAGCCCCUCCAUGGAAGUGGAUUCGGCUGCACCGCACCUCCGGGUUGGUCCAGUGUGGCUUCCAUAUGCGACAUCACAUCGACAACCACUUGGCCGGCUCUCUCGCUGGAACUGUGCCGGCGGCGUGGUUGCAGGCACAGGGGCGACAACGCUGCGCAGUGUGCGGCCUCAGUGUGUCUACCCGCUACGGCAUCCACCCGACCUGCCGGCCGGCCGCAAGACAUGCAGUGGAUGGCGCUGGCGAGCCGCGUGCUGCUGACGAUGGCUGUCCGCUGCCCAGCUUUGAAACAAUCCAGGCGCGCAGGACUCGCACGCUCCGCCAUGUGCCCACUGCUGCUCGGUACCUUUGGGGCAAGGUGCUCACCCGAGCCUUGGCUGCAGCCGCUCACCACAAUGACAACCGGGCGUGGCGUGAGCUGCUAAUGCUGCCGCAGUGCGUCUUGGGCGCUCCACCCCGAGCUGGCCGCAAACACCGCAAGGCGGCCGCGGCCAACACGCUGGACCGCUUGCAGCGCUGGCACUCGUGGGCCCACUGCAGAGCAGCGACGCGAGCUCGCCGUGGCUCUUACGUGGCUGAGGGUCUCAGCGAGGACGCCCCGGCCACUGCUGCCGCGCUGCGUGCCUUGCACCCCGCUCAAGCCGUCCCAAGUGUCAACAUCGGUGAGCUCCCACUGUCGUUGGAGGUCGCUGCGGAUGAGGUCGCACGGGCUCUGCGCUCUUUCCCUGCCGACACGGCACCAGGCCCGAGCGGCCUCCGUGUCCAACACCUGCGCGAGGCUGGGCCGCCUGGCACAGUCCCGUCAGGAGCAGAGGCGGCCAUCCAUGUGGUCCGGGCUUGGAUCGGGCGCAACGGAGCUGCAUCUGGUAAGGUUUUGGUUAAGCUUGAUUUUGCCAAUGCUUUUAACCGUGUCUCCCGACAAGCUGUGCUAACCGCUGCAAGCACGCACUUCCCUGGCCUGGCCCGAUGGGUGGCAUGGUGCUACCAGCAGCCAUCCAACCUUCGGUUUGGUGCAACCACCACCAUCCAGUCGGCUGGGGGCGUGCAGCAGGGCGACCCACUGGGGCCGCUGCUGUUCGCGGCUGCUCUCCAACCACUUGCCCAGGAACUCAAGGCGAGACCCCUAGACUUGGCCUUGUUCUUCCUUGAUGAUGGCAUCCUGGCUGGUGAUGUGGCGGCAGUCGCGGCCGCUUUGGCCCACGUGCAGCAACGGGGUGACUGUCUGGGCCUGCAGCUCAACCUGAGCAAGUGCGAAACCAUCGCUGUGGGCAGCACCACCGCCGCGGACCUGCAUCCGCACCUCCCCUCUGCAUUGCUCCGCUCGGCGGACGGCCAGGAUCGGGUUCUACGCAACUUCGAGCUGCUCGGGGCGGCGAUUGGCGAUGAUGCUUUCGUCGCGGCCCACACGGCGGCUCGAGUCUCCAAGGCUGAGCCUCUCCUGACUGCUCUGGCGGAGCUGGAGGAUCCUCAGGUCGGUGUCAAGCUUCUCCGGUCUUGUGCAGGUCACUGUCGUGUGGUGCACAGCAUCCGCUGCACCCCGCAUCAGGCUUUAACUUCUGAGCUCUGCAGGUUCGACGCGCUGGUGCGGGCCUGCUUUGCUGGCCUCACUGGGCUCCAUCUUGACGAGAGCCAGUGGGCUCAGGCGGCACGUGGCCUGUCACAGGCUGGUUUGGGCCUCUGCUCCACGGCUAGUGAUGGUCCGGCAGCUUAUCUGGCCUCAGUGGGAGGGUGCGCGAAGGCGUGUCGCGAGCUGGAUGCCAACUAUGGGGCGACUGGGCUCGCCAGCCAAGCUACAGUGCUCCAGGCUACGGCUGCUGUUAUCUUGCGACUUUCGGCGCCUGUGGCACCCCACCUCCUGCUGGGCAUGAAGCAAAAGGCCAUCACCUCGCUUUUGGACAAGGCAGGGUGGCAGCAACAGCUUGCGUCAACCUCAGUUGUUGGACGCGCCGUCCUGCUCUCCGAAGCCGAACCCGGCGGACGAGCAUGGUUGGCCGCAGUGCCAUCCGGCCGCAAGCGCCUCGAGCCUGCGGCGUUCGUCGUUGAGCUGCGCCAGCGCCUGGGCCUUGCUGACGCUUCUGCCGACGUCUUUUGCCCGUGCUGUGAGGGAGUUCUGGACCGCUUUUCGCUGCAUGCCGGGACCUGUGUUGCAGGAGGGGAGCGCAACCAACGCCACAAUGCUGUGCGUGACCUCCUCGCCGCGUGGGCCGAGCGUGCCGGUCUUCGCCCGGAGCUUGAAAAGCCAGGCCUCUUGCUGCCCCAGCGUCCAGAUGACACCCGCGUGGCUCACCGACGCCCUGCAGACAUCUAUUUGCCAUCCCUCUAUGGAACUCCUGCUGCCCUUGACCUCGCUGUCACAGCGCCACAGCGGCAGGAGUCCCUCGGUAGGGCUGGCCAACAGGCACUGGCUGCCGCCACUGCUUAUGCCGAGGUCAAAUCGUCGCAUAUGGGCACCGCCCAGGUCUGCACCGAGCAGGGGCUCAAAUUCGUGCCCCUGGUGGCCGAAGCCACUGGCGCUUGGGAACCUGAAGCGGCGAAGAUCCUCCUCCUGAUUUCCCGAGCUGCCGCUGCGCGCGAAGACGCCCAGCCAUCGGUGCUACAUUCUGAGCUGUUGCAAGAACUGUCCGUCUUGCUGCGCAGCCACCGCGCUCGAGCGGUGCUGCGGUCGUACCAGGCUGAGGUUAGACGACGCCUCUGCCUGCCCUGUGCCUGCAUGCAGUCACCGCUUGGACGUGCCUACUGGAAAGCACGCGUGGAGUCGCAGGGGCAGGUGCUCUCUGAACUGCGAAGCGUUUGCUCUUCAAAGUCGUUGCCUCUCUAUGAGGUGGGUGACCGACCGGAAAACCUGGUCGGGCCGCCUGCGCUUGGCUAUCUGGCAUCGCUGGCUUUCGGGGAUGCCUCCGCCUUACCCAAAACGCAGGUGACGCUGUUCGGUGGCAAAGGUGGUGUGGGCAAGACCUCCAUGUCUUCGGCGAUGGCAGUGAAGACGGCGAUGGAUGGACAGCGCGUCCUCAUCAUCUCCACCGACCCGGCACACUCCUUGGGCGAUGCCCUGGGAUGCAAACUCUCGGCUUCCGCGCAAGCCGUGGAGAACUUCGCGGGCUCUGGAGAGCUGUUUGCUAUGGAGGUCGACACAGCCGCGGCCAUGAAACGCUUCCAGGAGACCGUCCGCGACGCGCUUCAGCAGAGGCAGAACGAUGGCGGUAUCGUCGGGCAGGUGUUGAAGCAGCUUCCCAUGCAGGAUUUCGUGGAUCUCUUCGACACCCUCCCACCGGGCAGUGACGAAAUCGUGGCGCUGACGGAGGUUCUGGAGAAGGUCGAAAAGGAGAACUUCGACCGCAUCAUCAUCGACACGGCGCCGACAGGUCAUGCCGUGCGCCUCCUGACGUACCCUGACUUUCUGGAGCGACUGGCGGAACGCGUGGCCAGGCUGCGCGAGCGAUUCGGCUGGCUCUCCGGCGAGAGCAAAGGUCCGGAUCAGGUGAGAUCCUUUCAGUUCCGCAUGAUCGAGCUCCAGGAGCUCUUCACCGACCCAGACCGAAGCUCCUUCUCCGUGGUGACGAUCCCAACGACCUUGGCGUUGGAGGAAACCAAACGUCUGCUGGUGCAGCUGGAGGAGCAGGACAUCCGCUGCGGUCUGGUCAUCGCCAACCGCAUCCUGGACAUCGAGCAGGUGGGCCAGAUGGCGGCAAGCCAGCAGAAGACUCAGCAGGUAGCUUUGGAGGCUCUGGAAGCUCUCGCCAAGAAGGAAGGAUUGGAGGUGGUUCGCGUGCCGUACCUCGAUCGUGAGGUGCAGGGUAUCUAUGGCUUGCAGUACUUAGGAAGGAAUCUCGUGGAAGCAUGA